CUCGACAGUUCUCUUCUUCUUCUUCGUUCCCGGUUUCUGAAUAACUUCCUCCCCCCUUCCCCCCCUCUCUGCCUGCAGACUCGCACACCCACACGGCCUCCUGAUCGACGCUCCCUCCGCCGCAUCCUCAUGGGGAACUGCGCCAGCGCCAUGGAUGGCCUCAUCCCCUGGGGCAACAAGGCGGCGGCGGCGGCCAAUCCGGGGAUGUCUGCAUCAAAGAGGACUAGUAGCUCCUCCACCACCACCGGCAAGCUGUCAACAAUUAGUACCAGCACCUUCAUGCCGUCGACGGUUAGUGGCGUUAGCACCGACGAUGGUUACCCGGAGGGCGAGAUCCUUGAGUCCCCAAAUCUCAGGAUCUUCACCUUUGCUGAGCUGAAGAGUGCCACCAAGAAUUUCAGGCCCGAAACGGUGCUCGGUGAGGGCGGGUUCGGGAAGGUUUACAAAGGAUGGGUUGAUGAAAAGGCCAUGAACCCAUCAAAGAUGAGUACUGGCGGGGUCAUCGCUGUCAAGAAACUCAACUCUGAGAGUGUGCAGGGAAUGGAGCAAUGGCAGUCUGAAGUGAAUUUCCUUGGGAGAAUUUCACACCCAAACCUGGUCAAACUCUUGGGCUAUUGCAUGGAGGACAAUGAGCUACUACUAGUGUAUGAGUACAUGGCAAAGGGGAGCUUGGAGAAUCAUCUCUUCAGAAGAGGGGCAGUUUACGAGCCACUGCCUUGGAGCCUCAGGCUGAAAAUUCUCAUGGGCGCAGCUCGUGGCCUCGCCUUCCUUCAUUCCUCCGAAAGACAGGUCAUCUACAGGGAUUUCAAGGCUUCCAACAUCCUGUUAGAUUCACAUUUCAAUGCGAAGCUCUCAGAUUUUGGAUUGGCCAAGCAUGGCCCAGAUGAUGGAGAGUCUCACGUGACCACGCGAGUCAUGGGCACAUAUGGCUAUGCAGCUCCAGAGUAUGUUUCUACUGGCCACCUGUAUGUGAAGAGUGACGUGUAUGGCUUCGGCGUCGUGCUGCUUGAGAUGCUCUGCGGCCUGAGGGCACUGGACCCGAGCCGCCCCACAGAGAAGCUCAACUUGGUAAACUGGGCGAAGCCGCUCCUGGCUGACCGGAGGAGGCUGAGCCAGCUGAUGGAUAGCCGGCUUGAGGGGCAGUACCAUGCUAGAGGGGCUUUCCAUGCUGCUCAGCUCACUCUCAAGUGCCUGUCCGGUGACCCCAAGAGCCGCCCGUCCAUGAAGGAGGUCGUCGAGGAGCUCGAGCGGAUCGAGUUGAUGAGGAGCAAGUCGAGGUCGAGGGAGGUUAGACGAGACAGCUCAUCGGUGGCACGUGGCCAGGCAAAUUCACCGAGGAGCGACAGUGCUAGGACGAGCUCUAGGGGCAGAUGAUCAUGAGGCAAUGCGGAUGUAUAGGAUGUAACCAUGUAACUGAUAUUCAUGUGGAGAAUGUAAAGGUAGGCCACAAAUUGUUUUUUGUUGUCAUGACGAAAGCUUCACGCCGAUCAUCAUGAUCAAUGUAAUAGCGUAGCGAUAUACGAAGAUUUAGCUGUUGUCAUAUUCAUACUCAUAAUUGCUGUGAUUUUUUCCCACUCAAGUGCCAUGGGUUGUUUUUCA